AUGCCACCGGAACCGGACGACUCAUCGGUGGCCUCCUCUACCGCCGCGGCAGAAAGCUACACGAAGGUCCUCCAGGGCAGGUACGAGCUCGGCCGCGUCCUCGGCCGGGGCGCCUCGUCUAAGGUCUACCGCGCGCGUGACGUCCGCUCGGGAGUCUACGUCGCCGUCAAGGCUGUCCGGAAGCCGCACCACCCGUGCUCACCAGAGGACGCCGCGGCGGCGCACCGGUCAGUGGAGCGGGAGCUCGCCGCGCUCCGCCGCGUCCAGGGCCACCCACACGUCGUGCGCCUCCUCGACGUCCUGGCCUCCCGCUCCACCGUGUACCUCGUGCUGGACCUCGCACGCGGCGGCAGCGUCCAAUCCGCGCUGGAGGAUAGGGGACGAUCCGAGGAGCCCGCCGCCUGCCGGCUCUUUGGGCAGCUCGUCUCUGCGCUGGCGCACCGCGGCGGAGUCAAGCUCGCCGACUUCGGGCUUUGCGCCUUCGCUGACCGCCAGCUCGGCGCCGACGGGCUCACGGCCACGGCCUGUGGGUCCCCUGCCUACGUCGCUCCGGAGAUCCUCCUCAAGAAGCGCUACGACCCCGGCAAGGCCGACGUGUGGUCAUGCGGCGUCGUGCUGUUCUCGCUCACUGCCGGCUACCUACCGUUCAACGACGGCAACCUCAUGGGCAUGUACCGCAAGAUUUGCUCGGGGAAGUUCCGGUGCCCCAAGUGGUUCUCCUCGGAGCUCCGGUCCCUCAUCGGGAGGAUGCUGGAUCCGGAGCCUGAUAGACGCAUAAAGGUUGGUGAAAUCUUAAGCCACCCUUGGUUACAGCAAGAUGGCAUGUCCAUCCCAGUUCCAGUUGCUUCUUCUUGUCAUCCUACACCUGAGGUGGUGAAAUGGGAAGCAGAAUCAGAGCUGGCAAGGGAGAUGAAUGCAUUUGAUAUCCUUACAUUCGCGUCAGGGUGUGACCUGAGCGGCUUGAUCGGGACUUUGCCAGAUAGGGCUCGAUUUGUUGUAUCGAGCUCGAGUAUAAAUGCCAGGUCAAUCUUGGACAAAGUUGAGGAGCUAGGGCGUGAAGAUGGGUUCAGGAUGAGGAGGAAGGAAGAGGCAGGGUUUGGAGGGAUUCUAUUUGAAGCAAUGGACGGGAAAUUCGUCGCGCAAGCAAGUGUUCAUCUGCUGCACGAGGAAAUGUUGCUGCUUGAGGUUGAAAGAGCUAGCAACGAAGACGUACCAAAAUUUUGGGAGAAACUUCAAUCAAAUCUUAAAUUCUCAGCAAACUGA